AUGGGUAAUGCACAAGAAAAGUCCAAGAAAAAGAUUUGUCAAGUAGCAGAAGAAGAACAGAAUGAAAAUCCGAAACCACCGAUGGGUGAUAGUAUUUGUGAAAUCUGCAUGGAAGAAAUCCCCCCGGAAAAUAAAUUCUAUAACGGCAGCUGCGACAACAUUAAAAACAAGAAGAAGAAGACUAAGCAAAAGGUGUGCUUAUCACAACAUCACUUUUGCACUAAUUGUAUGGCGAAAUACAUACAAGUAAAUGUGACCGAGUACAAUAGAUCAAAAAUAGAAUGCCCUCAUGUCCGGUGCAACAUAGCGUUCGAUGUUAUAUCGUGCCGGUCCAUCAUUUCGCCUCAACUGUUUGUUAGGUGGUGUGACUUGCUUUGCGAGUCGGUUAUUAGAACCAAGCUUGCUCACAGCAAAGUAUGUUAUUGUCCGGAAUGCCAUGAGAUGAUCUUGAAUGAAUGUGGUGGUACUGCGAAAAGAAAGCCGUGCCCAAAAUGUAAGACCAUGUUGUGCUUUCACUGCAAGGAUAAAGCUUCCCUUUGUCGUAGUCAUAAGCGCAGGGUGGGAGAUUUGCUAAGAGACAGAAACGACAUUGUGUUCAUGGAAACCGUUAAACAGAAUAAUUGGUCUAGAUGUCCAAACUGCAAAUUUUACGUCGAGCAUGCCGGUGAUGGUUGCGAUGCCAGAGACGAUUUUGUUAUAAAUGUAGAAAAGAUGUUACAAGAAUUCUUAGGUGCCGUUGUGGAGCAGUGA